AUGGGUAAUGGUUUAUUUUCUGAAAUUAGUGAAGUUGUUGAAAAGUCAGUUAGUCGUAUUAUUAAUCAAAUUGAUCCAUCGGUAUUGAAAUUUAAAAAUAAUAGUCUUGAUAUUAUUAAUACUGUCGAACAGCGGGUGUAUUCUUAUUUGGAUAAGGCGGUGAACAAUCUUUAUACUAAUUUAUUUCUAUGGCUAUUUUUGACUGUUAUAUUUAUAUUGUUAUUUGUUUUAUUUUUAAAUGUAUUUAAUCAAUUAUUAGAAAAAUAUCAAUUUGAUAUUGAAGUACGAAAAUGUUUGGCAUUAUUUAUAACAACAAUUGUAAUUGUUUGGUUAUUGGCAGCUGCUAUUUUGAGUACACAUUUGAAAGGUCGAAUUGAAUUAUACACAUUAAAAUUAAUAUUUCUUACUGUACUAUGUUUAUUAACAUUUGUAAUGGUUAUAGCAUGGCUGAGAUAUAUUUGUAUAUAUCGUCAACAUUUAUGGCCAUUUAUAAGACGAAAUUUUUGGCCAAAUAGAAAAAAUCGAUUUGAUGGAUAA